AACCAACCUUAGCACACAAUUCUGUAUUCGAUUUCCUAUUCCAAGUCCAAAUGGGGCAACGACGUUUUCCAAGCCAAAGACGUUUUCCGCGGAAACGUUAGGACGACUACUGGAGUGGCUGAUUGUUUUGCAGAAGAAUGGCGCUUACAUCGACCCACC